AUGUCUCUAAUUAACAAGAAGAAAUACAGCGAGUUUGAGUCAGCUCUAAAUAAUCUUGUUAAUCCUUCAAAGCUCGAUUCUAAGGACAAGAAGUACUUGGCAUCUAUCGAUAAAUCACUAGCUAAUUUCGAUUCAUGUCUCGAAUGGGCCGAUUACAUUUCAUUCUUAACCAGACUCAUAAAGGCCCUAAAUUCCCAUUCGAAAUCUCAUUGGAUCCCCCAUUCAGUCAGGAUAUCCAAAUGCUUGUCCAAAUGUAUAUCAUCAACUUUACCCAGUGGCGUUCAUCGGAAAGCCUUGGAGGUUUACGAAUGUAUCUUUAAACUUUUGGGUCUGUCACUAUUAGCACAGCAAAUGAACUUAUGGAUCCCCGGGUUGUUGCCAUUAAUGUCAUAUGCGUCAAUUGGGGUUAAACCAUCGUUGAUUGAAUUGUUGGACAGGUAUGUUUUGGAAUUACCCCCAAAUUACUUGAAAGUCAUCACAAAAAAAUCUCCAUGA